AUGUGCCUUCCCACCGUCCACAUGCUCAACAUCGUCAUCUACGUUCUAGAGCAAAUGCAAAUUUUGCAUCUAGACUAUUUCGAUCUUGCUUUUGUUAUGAUUAAAAAGUUACGCGCAGAAAACACUUCAUUCUCUCGCUGCUCUGUUGAGAAAAUGGGCGACAAGCCGCACUCUUCGUCUGAACUCUCUAAGGUGCGUCCUCGCAUCCACCUCAAGAAUUCGGGUACACGUCGCGACGUUGACCCAAGGAUCACGGCCCUCCUCGGCUCGAUGCCCUCCACGCGCCCGCCGUUCCGCUCGAAGACUUUUGCGCAGGAGGUCAUCUGCAAGAAGCCCCGCUCCCACUCUGCUCCUCCGGGCUUCCGUUACUAUCGUGCUGUGUGGCCGGAGAAGAAGCCAAUGGAUAGCGGUAAUCAGACUCUGCCGACGUCCAAC